GACCUUUGAUUGCUUUGAUUGGUGAAUGGAAAGACGUUUUUUUUCAGAAUUUAAUUAUUAUUAAUCUUACCUUACCAUUCGUCCAAGGCCCCGGCGGCGGCCCCGGCCAUCGAGACCUAACAUCUCAAGUCACCUGUUCUUCUUUCUGUAAAGAGAUCACAGACCAUGACGCCGCCGACCCGCGCGGUCCGCCACCGCUCGCGACGCCGCCUGGCCGCGCUCGCCUUCCUCUCCAACAUCUCCCUGGACGGCACGUACCGCGACACAAAGAUCAGCGGCCUGAACCAGCGGCGCGUGGCGCCGGCGCCCGCCGCCACAGACUCCGGUUACGCCCUGGACGCGCCCGGCGCCGCCGUCACCGCGGCUGCAGCAGUACCGGCGGCGGGCUCAGAGACUGCCGAGGUCCCGGCCCCGGUGGAUGCUGUGGACGGGUCCGGGGGACCGUCGGCGCCGGCCGCCGCGGCGGAGACGGUGGCGCCGGUGGGGGCCGGAGCGGCCCGCCCGCCGCCCGUGCUGGGCCGUCUGCGACGACAGAAGAGUGUCGACUCGAGCUGUAACGGCGAGACGACGCGCGCCGCCGAGGCAGCCGCCGUCACACAUCGGGAGAGGUGUCUGACAGUGGGCGGCGAUUCUGACGGCAUUCUGAAGCGGCUGGUACACCAGACCAAUAUUGGCAGUCUGUUGGACGACAUGCGCGGCGGCCACGCCAGCAGCAGCUGCGAGAGCGUCUGUGGCAGCGUGCGGAGCCACAAGCUGUGCAGCAGCGUCUCGGAGGUGUCGGCGCCGGCCGUGCGGUUCGUCCACUCGGUGCGCGACCGGUGCCCGAUGGCCGACGAGCGACUGGUGCUCGUCUCGGCCGCCCGGCUGCCCCUGCUCGUGCACUCGCUGCUGCCGCCGGGCCGCGCGGCGCGCACCGGCAGACGGGAGAGACACGAGCGGUCUGACCACAGCUCGCGGCGCCGAUACAACUCCGGCAGCCGCGCGCCGCUGACCACCAUCGCCGACCGAGUGGACGCCUUCUGUCUGCUGGGACUGGAGCCGCUGCAGGAGGGACAGGAGGUGUCAUACAGCCAGCUGCUGCAGCCGUCCUCUGCGGCGUUCCGUCCGCCGCGCCGGCUUCACUCAGUGGAGAACGAGCUGGAGGCCGCCGCCGCCGUCCACCAGAGGAACACCGCCCUGCACGUGCUCAACCGCUGUGUGUCGCACGACCCGAGCGGGGCCGCGCGGCCGGCCGCCACAGCGCCCUGGACUUCCGCCGACAGGGGAGACAAAGUUCUGGAGGAGGAGCCGUCUAGCGAGUCGCAGGCGAUUCCGUAUGACCCUCUGUUGCUGGAUAACCCGGAGACCCAGUCGGAGAACCACCGCACCGUGCUGACGUUCCGUUCCUACCGGUCGUCCAUCAUUGACUACAUGAAGCCGUCGGAGCUGAAGAGGGUGACCAACGAGCAGUUCCGAGAGCAGUUUCCGCAUAUUCAGCUCACUCUCUCCAAACUGCGCAGUCUGAAGCGCGACCUGCGCCGUAUCGCCAGUGAGUGCCACAUCGACUCCCUGAGUGUGGCCCAGGCGCACGUCUACUUCGAGAAGCUGGUGCUGCGCGGUCUGAUCGACAAGGCCAACCGCAAACUGGUGGCCGGCGCCUGCCUCCUGCUCUCAGCUAAGAUGAAUGAUGUCAAGGGCGAGUCGAUGAGCCAGCUGGUUGAGAGGACGGAGACCGUGUUCCGCAUCAACCGUCGCGACCUGAUCACCUGCGAGUUCAGCGUGCUGGUGGCGCUCGAGUUCGCCCUGCACCUGCCUCCCAGUGAGGUGGAGCCCCACCUGCGCCGUCUGGAAGCCUGACGACUGCUGAUUUAGCCGGCCGGGCCGGCGGGGAGAGAAGAGAGGAAGACAGAAAGAGAAAGAGAGAGAGAGGGAGAGAAAGAGAGAGAGAGAGAGAGAGAGAGAGAGAGAGAGAGAGAGAGAGAGAGAGAGAGAGAGAGAGAGAGAGAGAGAGAGAGAGAGAGAGAGAGAGAGAGGCGUAAGGAAUCCCUGCCCUUGGAGGAGAGAGGGAUGACACCGUCUCCCUAAGGAGACAAGACGGCGCUAUACAUAUCUCAGCUCUCGGUGAAAAGUGGGAGGUGUGACCCAGCACCAUUCGCUCCAGGGCCCAAUCUUAUAGAUGUCGUGAAUAUGAUUUGGCAGCACUAGCUGAAGUUCAGCUACGAUAAGCUAUGCUACGCUAUCGCAUGCUAAUUGGUCUUCAGGCACUCCUAUCCAUUGUUUGCUGACGCUCAAAGAAACUGGCAUGUCACGCAGUUCGUUACUUAGAUGCGCAGUUGCCAACACCGUUAUCAGUAUACACAUGCUGCGAAGUGCCAUAAAGAGGAAAGUACGACACUUUAAGAUUGGGCCGUGGAGGAAAGAAUGGCGACCCUGCAUCCACCCCUUGAAGGAGAGAGGUGUGAUAUUACACCCGGCACCCUGAAGGACAACGGUGACAGUGCUUCCUCUACCGAAGGAGGCGAGACACUACCCGAUGGAUGAACAAUUGGCGUUAGUUAGAUUGAAUGGUGUUCCAUGCGGGCUGUUCCUGAGUUUGAGUGGAUUUAUGAUUUUGCGGGUGUGACUCGGCAGUUUUGCUGAUAAGACUUUGUGGCAAAGGGUAUUGAGAUCGUAACGGGACCAGGUCGAGCUUGAUGAUGAAGACAAUGGACAAAGUGGCGGACGCAUUUGACUGCCAGAGUUUUGUUUCUGGAGUGUCCAAGAAACUCAGUGUUGUGGGACGUCAUACCGCGAUGCCGGCGGCUGCUAUGGCGUGUUGGCUGCUGCUACGGUGUAUAUACCUACACUUGUGUCCGUCCUUCUCUGACGUCUACCAGCUUGAUCGUCCGGCAUUUCGACUGCCCCCAUACGAGUACCAUAUACUCGUAAUUUCCUAAAACCGGCGGUGAAUAUUAAAACGGAGCUGUCUUGCCACAUGCACUUUGCGUUUUUGUCGUUGGAGUAGCUAGUAAGCUGAGUGCAUAACUGCGAUGUUAUUGUAACCGCGAUAGAUCCGGGCUUACGGUUAAGAGACACUGUGUGCUAAAACGUGUAGCUGUGACUCGUCGGGAGCUUUCUGAGCUGUGUGUCGCUAUUGAAGCGUGGCCAUUACGUUGUCACUGGCGGCUAGCCCCAAUGUCGAUGUCGCUGUUACAUGCCACGAUAUUUUCGAGAUGCAGAGAAGUUGGAACUGAAGAGGCUCGCUUCAUCGUAUAACCGCCUGAUCGUGUGCAAUAUUGUUUAUUGUUGACGGGUGACUGCUGGGUUAAGUGUGGUUGUUUGGGUGCCGUGUGUAUAUUUACAAUAUUAUUGAGCGCUGACGAGUGACUGUACUGGACGUUGUUGUUUACCGUGUGCAAUAUUGUUGAGCGCUGACGAGUGUGUGCUAGACUGGGUGCUGUGAGUUAUUAUAACUCAUAGGGACGUGCCAGCUCGCCGUUCCGUGGUGUAAGAUUCAGGCCGCGCACGGUGCUGUCGUUGGCGUGUUUCCGUUAUUCAGAUAUCCGAGGUCGCUAUUGUAAAGCUUCUGGAGUUGAGGUGUGUCCGACCCUCAAUAAACGUACAUUGACAGUAA